GAUAAGAAACAAAAUGUUGGAAACUUUUAUCUGGUUUGUAAAAAGAACAUAACGGUGUUAUAUCWUUGAUAAAAGAUAAUCUUUAAAACCUUUAAACGCAACUUGUCAAAACAAAAAGACCCACAGCAAGGACUACCUCCUUUUCGUUUGUUUUUAUUGAUAAAAGGUUCCCCGCUCCUGUGUGGGCGGGGUCCUGACUGCUGUUUUCUUAGGUAGCCUGUUAAAAUGCCCGAACUCAAAACACUUCUUUUUCCAAGAUGGCGUCGAUGAAGGACAGCGACACCGGCCUGUGGCUUCACAACAAGCUGGGCUCCACGGACGAGCUCUGGACGCCUCCGAGCAUCGCCUCSCUCCUCACCGUGUCGGUAAUCGACAACAUACGGCUGUGCUUUUCGAGCUUAUCGCCGCCGGUGAAGCUCAAGCUGCUGCUUGGGAUGCUGCAUCUUCCCAGGCGGACGGUUGACGAGAUGAAGGAGGCCCUGUCGGAGAUAAUCCAGCUGGCUACGGUGGAUUCAGAACCCUGGGUGCUGAUGGUUGCAGAUAUCCUCAAGUCCUUCCCAGACACCGGCUCCUUGAAUCUGGACCUGGAGGAGCAGAAUCCAAACGUGCAGGAUAUUCUCGGAGAGCUCAGGGAGAAAGUGAGUGAGUGCGAGGCAUCUGCCAUGCUGCCUUUGGAAUGUCAGUAUCUGAACAAGAGUGCACUGACCACUCUAGUGGGACCCCUCACACCCCCCGUUAAACAUUUCCAGCUCAAGAGGAAGCCCAAGAGCGCAACGCUGCGAGCAGAACUGCUACAGAAAUCAACAGAGACGGCUCAGCAGCUCAAAAAGACGGCUACGCCUUUCCACGCCAAAGGCAGAGGAUUGGUCAAAAAGAUGGACACGACAACUCCCCUCAAAGGGAUUCCUAAAGCUCCGUUCCGCAGCCCCACAGCUCCCAGUUUAUUCAGCCCCCCCAGUAACCGGACCCCCAUCGCUCCCCCACGAACACCCCUGCGGAAGGAGAGAGGCGCUAAGCUUUUAGAUAUUUCAGAGUUGGAUGCGGUUGGAGCUGGAAGAGAGGCCAAAAGGAGAAGAAAGACUUUGGAAACAGAAGUUGCAGACAAGGCAGCUAAAGAAGAGGCGGCAGCAGCAGCGGUGGUGGAGAACGCCACACCAGACUACGCUGCCGGUCUCGUCUCUGCACAGAAACUGGGGGCGCUCAACGAGAAUCCUCUGCCAUCGACCAGCUACCUUCCAGCUACGCCCAGCAUGGUUCCCUCCUCAUCUUACAUUCCCAGCUCCGAGACACAGCCAGCAAACGCCGGCGGUUCAGGGCGGGACGCGCUGCAGGCGGCUCGCCAGCCAGAGGAGUCCACCGCGGCACCCCCCGGCGCCGGCUCAACUUUACCAAACCAGUACAAACAGAGGACGCCCAUGUACAACGCCAGCACCGCGGCAAACCCCGCAACCCCCACAUCCCCCAGUACGCCAGCCUCCACCCCGGCCAGCAACGGGCCCCCGGCAGCCGCCACCGCCAGCCAACCAGAGACCCCCACUCAGCCUCCCAGCACCCCACAGACCCCCACCCCGGCACCAGCGCCUACACCACAGCAGCCACAGCCCAAAAAGAACCUCUCGCUCACGAGAGACCAGAUGUACGCGGCCCAGGAGAUGUUCAAGACCGCCAACAAGGUCACCAGACCAGAGAAGGCUCUCAUCCUGGGGUUCAUGGCCGGAUCCAGAGAGAACCCGUGUCCAGAGCAGGGUGACAUCAUUCAGAUCAAGCUGAGCGAGCACACAGAGGUUCUGCCCAAAGCCGACGGCACCGGCAGUACCACCAUGCUGGUGGACACAGUCUUCGAAAUGAACUAUUCGACAGGACAGUGGACCCGCCUGAAGAAGUACAAACCCAUCACAAAUGUUUCCUGAGGGGCUCGGCUCACUACGAACGCGUCUGCGUACACUUCAUGGACACGUUUAUACACCGACACACAAAAAACAUGGGCCAAAUCGAGCUCUGAGACGUUAAGGAGAGAAAGAUCCUCCCUUUUACCACACCGCCAAAAUGGAGAACUUAUUUUUGUUUUGUUUCUUUCCUCUUACACUUUGUUUUUCUUUCUUUUUUUAAAAAAAUCUGCUUUUGAAUCCUGAGACUGUUUCAGGAGGGAGCAGACAGCUCUCUUUACUGUCGGGGACCUUCAAGCAUUUGUGCCGUGGUGCAAGAAGGUCCAGAGAGAGAAGAAUGACUAUCUUUCUGUAUGAUGUUUUCAGCUUUGGCCCUUCAAAACUAAAAAAAAAAAAGGAAAAAGUUUUGUGAUUAAAUAUGAGGUCUGCAAUGUCUGUCAUUAGCAGUGACCAAAAUUAUAAUAAAAAAACACAAGGGCCAUGAA